AUGGAAACACAAGUAAUCUUUGCUGAGAGCAAACUACUAAAGAGGAAUUUUCUUUGUUUCAUUUUCUAUCUUUCUUUCUUUCUUUCUUUCUUUCUUUCUUUCUUUCUUUCUUUCUAUCUAUCUUUCUUUCUUUCUUUCUUUCUUUCUUUCUUUCUUUCUUUCUUUCUUUCUUUCUUUCUUUCUUUCUUUCUUUCUUUCUUUCUUUCUUUCUUUCUCUUAACCAUUAAUUCCUUGUUUCUUUCUUUCUUUUGCUUUUAUUACUUUGUUUGUUUGUUUCUUUCUUUCUUUUGCUUCUUUAUUUCCUUUUUUCUUCCUUUUAACCAAUUCUUUCUUUCUUUCUUUUCUUUCUUUCCUUUCUCUUUCCUUCCUUUUCUUUCUUUCUUUCUUUCUUCUAAACAAUGUUUUCUUUUUCUUAACCAAUUGUUUAUUUGUUACUUUGUUUCUUUCUUUCUUUCGCUUAACCAAUUGUUUGUUUGUUUCUUUCUUUCUUUUGCUUCUUUAUUUCCUUUUUUCUUCCUUUUAACCAAUUCUUUCUUUCUUUUCUUUCUUUCCUUUCUCUUUCCUUCCUUUUCUUUCUUUCUUUCUUUCUUCUAA